UCUGCGUGCCCUUCGAUGGCGAUCGCCGCCGCUGCGUCUCCGAGAAUGAUGACCGUCGGAAACUAUAUGCGGCGUUUCUCCUUCUUCUACCGCCGAUUUAAGACCGAGUCAACUCACGGGGAACUCACUCCGACCGCCAUUACGUCGGUGAACCAGGACCACCUCCUCCGCGUUUGCACUAUUCUCUACCAGCAGCAGGACUCGUCCGAUUCGCGACUCGCCUCGAAGCUCUCAUCCACCGAGUUCCAACUCACUCAUGAGUUCUUCCUCCAGGUCUGCCACAAGUUCCCCCUCUCAUGGCGUCCCGUUCACCGCUUCUUCUUAUACGCUCAGACUCACGACCCUGAAUUCCCCCAUUCCUCCACUACCUUCAACAAGAUGCUCGACGUCAUUGGUAAGUCCAGAAACACUGAUCUUUUCUGGGAGAUGGCUCAGGAGACUGGGAGACGCCGAUUGGCGAACGAUAAGACGUUUCGAAUCGUGUUGAAGACGCUUGCUUCUGCUCGAGAACUGAAGAAAUGCGUGAAUUUCUUCCAUCUGAUGAACGAUUUUGGAUAUUCCUAUAAUGUACAAACGUUGAACAGGGCUGUGGAAACUCUCUGUAAGAACAAGCUUGUUGAAGAAACUAAAUUUGUCGUCACAAAGCUGAAGGAGUGUAUCAAACCGAACGAGAUUACUUACAGAACGAUGAUAGAAGGGUUUUGCGAUGUGGGUGACCUGAUCGAAGCAGCAAAGCUCUGGAAUUUGAUGAUAGAUGAAGGGUUCGAGCUUGAUAUUGAAGCCGGUAAGAAGAUCAUGGAAACAUUUUUCAAGAAAAAUCAAUAUGAAGAAGCUAUGAAGGUUUUCAACGUGAUAAAGUUGAGAAAGGCAGAGGAUCUGGAUGCCUCUUUCUAUAGGAUUGUGAUCGAUCCGAUGUGCAAAAAUGGCAGAAUCGAAACCGCACGCGAGAUGUUCGAUGAAAUGCGUCAAAGAGGCAUCCAAGUGGAUAAUCUGACUUGGGCGUCGAUAAUCUAUGGACUUUUGGUGAGAAGACGAGUUGCAGAGGCUUAUAAGAUUCUGGAAGGAAUUGAAAACCCCGAUAUCGGCAUCUAUCAUGCACUGAUAAAAGGACUGUUAAAGAUGAAACGGGCUGGCGAGGCAACAGAUGUGUUCAGGGAGAUGAUAAAGAGAGGGUGUGAGCCGAUUAUGCAUACAUACAUUAUGUUGUUGCAAGGGCAUCUGGGGAAGAGAGGGAGGAAAGGACCUGACCCGUUAGUGAAUUUCGAUACUGUAUUCGUAGGAGGUUUGAUUAAGGCAGGGAAACGAUUAGAAGCCACAAAAUAUGUGGAGAGAACGAUGGAGAGAGGGCUUGAAGUGCCGAGAUUCGAUUACAGCAUGUUCUUGCAUUGUUACUCGAAUGAGGAAGGUGUGGUGAUGUUUGAAGAGAUUGCUAAGAAGUUCAGAGAGGUGGGUUCGUUUGAUCUGGCCGACAUAUUCCAAAGGUAUGGGGAGAAAAUGGCUACUAGAGACAGAAGAAGAGAGAGAGCAAUUGCCUCAUAAUAAGGAUGCUCAACUCAUAUUGUGGCUGAUUCUUCCUGAAGAGUUUGAUGAAGAAUCAGCCGAUUGAUUGUAGCAAUAAGACGAUUCAGUUUGAUGAAGCUGUUCAUCUCCCAUCUAUUCCCCAGAAAACGACGGUAAAGAAUGAGGGGAAUCUCUGUAAUUCCCCAAGCUGGUGAAUUAUCUGAAUGGUAAAACCUUUGGUGAAGAGUCAGAUUUUGGUCAGACCAGGUCUUGGCACUGGCUCUUCUUGUAGACGGACACAACUCAGUCAUCUCUUUCUCAAAGUUAUUUUGAACUUGGAUGUACCCCCGAGAGCAUUUGCAUCUGUCGGGGAUGUGUAUAUUUCCCUCUGGAACCAGCCCCCGAGAAAGCGAAUUCCUCUUGGAUCAUAUCAUCAAGCCGAUAUUCCUGAAUGGGAAGGUAGAAAACAAUCUGUCUGCCCGGACAGGGGAUCUGUCUGUAUAAGGCGUGUUCAUCGUCAUACGAGGAAGCAAGAGAGGAUGAAGACGUCGAAAGUGGCAGUGACGACAAGGAAGCCGAUGUUGAUUCAGGACAUGGCAUCAUGCCAUGUAAUGAUCAUGGCGUCAUAGAGGAAAUAUAUGAUGAACAGGUCUUGAAUUGAGUUGUUCUUUUCCGAGAUUUGUGAAUCAAUUUCUUAGUCGUGGAAUCUUUUUGCGGUUGAAGUGUGAAUUGCUCAGAAUCUCCUCUUUUUGAUUGAGAAGGACUCUCUUACAGUUUUGUAUUGGAUACUGGAUCUUCACUUUUUGUACUGAAGAAGGAAGUCGGAAUGCGAAUUCCGCCAUUGCCGUGAGAAGCAAGCUUUGCUCGCGAAUAAAGAAAACCCUAACUCUUGAUUAUUUGUAUAAUAUAUAUAAAAUAAUAUUAUUCAUUUUUUUUAUCA